UGUUGGCUACGGAACUGCAGUAUCAAGCCACGCCGCUGCUCUUCGAAAUCAGCAGUGACAACUGACGCGCCGGCUAUACAUCACGAUGUGCCAACCAUUUACCGUCUCCCACAAGAGCUCACAGACAUGAUCGUCGAUUAUCUCUUCGACGACCCAGACGCUUUGACAUCGUGCGCCUGCGUCUGCCGCUCCCUCAACAUCUCGGCCCAAUACCAUCUCGCUCGCCGCAGAAUACACGUCCGCCUACCAUCGCGCGUUCCCCAGAGGGGCGUGGCUCCGCCUGACGACCAGAAGCCCAGGCCACUCUUGUCAUACUGCACAGUCAGUGAUACUCAAGCAGUGCUCGAGCUGAUCGUGCAGCAGACUGGUGGCGAGCCGCUUGAUGCAAUGUGGUCGGACGGCCCACAUGAUACGAUGCUCCACGCGAAUCUAUGCCAAACACUCACAGCCUUUCCCAACCUCAGAAUCCUAAAGCUCAGCGGGCUUCGCCUGGCGCGAGAACCUGCGGCAACGGACCCCGGCUUCCCGUGGGCUGUCCUCGAGCUGCCGUGUCUCCGAGAGCUGCACCUAGUUGCUCUCGCGUUCGACAACUUCUGGUGUCACACGUCGAAUGCUCGGCACGGGCGAUACGUCCCUCUUCUGGAGAGGUUCACGGUCCGGAGAUGCAACCUGGCCAGUCCCGCGCUCAAGGAGACCUUUCGGAAUCUCCAUG